CUCCUCUGCCCUUUGCGAUUGUUUGUUCGACUACCUUUGAAUCUUCAGCAGUUUGAUGAUCUCCUGUUCUCUAUGCAGAGGUUGAUGUCGUCGACGGUGGAGCAUGAUUACAUAGGUCUGUCGGAGCGGAACUCCUCUGCCGGCGGAGUCGAGGGAGGGGUUCUGAACCUCAAGGCCACGGAACUCAGGUUGGGGCUGCCUGGGUCGGAGUCGCCCCACCGCGUGGAGAAGAUCGGGCUCACCCUGGAUUUGCUCCCCAAGAGCUUCGUCUCCGGUGCCAAGAGGGGGUUCUCCGACGCCAACGAUGGGGGCGGGAUGUGGGGAUUUGCCGCCGAAGGUGGCAGAUCUGAAGUGAACUCGGUAAAAGGUGGCGGCUUGUUUUCGGGGAGAGGGGAGGUUGCGUCCGGUGGCAGUGCAGGGCAGCUUUCUGGGCAAGGGAAUGUGGGGAAGGACCUAGCGGUGAAAGCGGCUGGGCAGGAGCGGAAGGUCACCCCGAAGGGCUGUGGUUCUGUUGGGAAUGAUAGUCCGGUAGCUCCUGCAGCGAAAGCACAGGUGGUUGGUUGGCCACCAAUCCGUAGUUAUCGGAAGAAUACUAUGAUUACAAAUCCAUCUAAGGUUAAAGAUGAUGCUGAUGGAAUACAAGGGCAAGGGUGUCUUUAUGUGAAGGUUAGCAUGGAUGGAGCUCCUUAUCUGAGGAAAGUUGAUCUCAAAAUAUACAAAAACUAUAAGGAACUUUCAUCAGCACUUGAGAAAAUGUUCAGCGGCUUCACAAUUGGUCGGUGUGAUUCUCAUGGAAUACCAGGCAGAGAGGAGUUAUCUGAGAAUCAUUUGAUGGAUCUCCUGAAUGGUUCUGAGUAUGUCAUUACUUAUGAAGACAAGGAUGGAGACUGGAUGAUUGUCGGUGAUGUGCCAUGGGCGAUGUUCACAAACUCAUGCAGGAGGUUGAGGAUCAUGAAAGGUUCAGAUGCUAUUGGACUUGCCCCAAGGGCCCUGGAGAAAUGCAAGAACCUGAAAAAGAGUAUUUUAUCAUGGACACAAUAA